GCAACACUUAGGAGAACGGCCAGUUUUGUCAGAUAUAGGGCUGGAUUCAGACUAAGUCCAUUGAACUUAGGUCCCAGUCAGGAUUUAACAUCAGCACCUUCGAUUUCAAGGAGACCCAAACUUAGCUUGCUUGCACCCGGAUCCUAAGCACGGCUACUCUCUAAUAGGAAGCCCAUCUGGAACCCAGAUGGCUGGUGGGAUUUUGCUGUGGUGCCAGAGUGGUCACGUAUUUCUGGAGGUACUCAGGGAUACACAGUACUGGCACCUUCCCCCCACACUUGUCAGAAUCGUGGCACUUACUGUAACAACGUCAUGGGUUGCAUAGGACGCUCUCUGAAUUCCAGAGCAAGGAAAAGGCAGAAGGAAGGAGCGCCCGGUCCCUUUAAGAGCUGCAAGCUUGCUCUUUGCAUCUCGCCGCACAGAGGGAAGUCUUUCUCUCUGGUUCCGGCAGCUGCAGAUGGGGGAGAGAGUUGCUUUUCUUCGCACAGCUUCGAAGCCAGAGAUCUGCGUCCCGCGACAUGAUCUCAGAGAUGAAGUUAAUGGUCCCCUGGGGCCACAUCGCAGCCAAGGCAUGGGGAUCUCCACAAGGCCGCCCUGUCCUCUGUUUGCACGGGUGGCUGGACAAUGCAAACACUUUCAACAGGCUCAUCCCCUUACUUCCCAAAGAUUGUUACUACUUGGCCAUUGAUCUUGCAGGACAUGGCCUGUCAUCCCACCGCCCACCUGGGGCAAUCUAUCACUUCAUGGAUUAUGUGGGUGACGUGCGCAGGGUAGCAGCAGCAAUGAAAUGGAAUCGGUUUACCCUUAUGGGCCACAGUUUGGGUGGGAGUAUUGCAGGCAUGUUCUCUAGUAUUUUCCCCGAACUGGUGGACAAGCUGAUCCUGGUGGAAUCGUAUGGUUUUUAUCCUGCACCUCAGGGUUAUCAAAGGGGCCCAGGAUUACAUACAGAAAAGAAGCCGAGGCUGCUGUUCACCCCUAGAGAUGCUUUCUCACGUUUAGAGGAAUUGGAGAAGAUUUGCAAGUCCCAGCGGGAGGUAAUUGAGGAACUGCUGAAUUUUGAGACCAGCAAGUACCAUUCCCCCAAAGUACGCAGUCCUGAAGCAGCCCUUCAGAGGUUAAUGGAAGCAAACAGCCAGCUAACAGAAGAGAGUGCUAAGGUACUGCUGGAGCGAGGGGCUUCUGAGGUGGCAGGAGGUUUGGUUUAUAACAGAGAUUUAAGGGUCCUUGUGCAGAACCACAGUUUUGUGUCUCUGGAUCAAUGUUGCCACAUCCUGAAGAAAAUCGAGGCUGAUAUACUGAUGAUCAGAGCAGAAAAUGGGAUUUUUACCAAUCCUCCUAAAGGUAGCGUCCCAUAUUUUGUAGAGCCACUUGAGGAAGCAUUCAGGACCAGCCUAAAAGAGCGUUACCAAUUUGUGGAAGUUGCUGGCAAUCAUUUUGUCCACCUGAAUGAGCCCCAAGUUGUGGCCGGGAUCAUCAACACCUUCUUAAACAAGGACCAGAAACCCAGAUCCAGCCUAUAAGCAGUGCCUACCUACAUCAUCAUGACUAGAGAACAGAUGGAUGCCUUAGAAAGAUUCAGUCCUGCUGUGGGACCUGCAGGGUAUCUUGCACAACUACCUUGUGGCGCAGUGGGGACAGCUUGCACAGACAUUUAUAGCACGAACAAUUCUUGGUUCUGUUUCUACUGAACAGCUCAGUCAGAUUCAGUUCUUCAUGAGUGCCUUAGUCCAGUUACACAUACGGUGGGUGAGUGGAUUUGUCUUAAAAUGUUAAUUCAUGUACUGGAUUAUGAUUUUCUGGGCCAAAGUCAGGUGUUCUAUCUAGGUAACAACUGUUAGUUCAGUGAAGGAAACAUUUUAGCCACUCAUGCUAGUUUAGGUAUUAAAACUAAGUUUGUUGCAGCUUG